AUACCCGUCAUAAAAUGGAAUUGGAAACGAUACUCUUGGUCUACAUCCUUAUCCCGCUCCUACUUAUCCACUUAUUCACUACCCUGCAUUAUUUCAAGGAUGUGCCCGACUUAUACCUUGCAGAGCAAUCCGAAAUUGAUGCCACCAGACACGUCAAUGAAUCACCUAUUUAUCGGUCUAACAAGCUAGAAAUGGGACUUCGAGUAGGUUUAGGAAUUCGGUAUGAUCUGUACAAACUCCGCGCGGGAAACUUACGAGAUAUUUGGAGCGUCAAGAGUUUACAGUUUGGUGAUGAGGUUGUUAUUAAUGACAUCCGCUUCAAAUGGGCCGAGAUUAAUUAUAUGGUUGAUAAAAUUUCUAAACAGCUUAAGGGAGUCAAAGUGGUUAGAAUUCCUUUGGAACAUAGAAUUGAUAUCAAGUGGGUAAUUGUGUUAAUUGCUGGGUUCAUCAAUCAGAUUACUGUCGAGUUUUAUGAUGUAGGUGAAGGAGAAGGAGCAAAUAUCGAUGAUAUUGAUACUACUGGUGAAGGUGAGUUAUACGAAUACAAAAAUCAGUAUCUGUCAGAAAAGGACAAGGGUAUUUCAUUGAGAAUAGUAAGACACAAUCAAGGCGCAAUUGAAAAGUCUACUAUUGAAUUCACCCAAUUGAAUAUUGUAUGCGCUGUUGCAUCUACUAUCAAGCAUUUGCCUGCUCUGCAAGAGAUUGGAAAGGAUGACACCAUGGUUAUUGUUCCUAGCAAAAAUAUCUCCAAUGAAGAAUUACUCAAUGUGAUUACUAAAUUUUUGACAUGCUUAGUUACCCAUGCUAAACUUGUGAUUGCUGGAAAUCCAGAUGACAUCACCAAAUACAACCCAACAAUCUUGUCUAUACAUGAAGAUAAUUUGCCAACACCACAAGCAAACUAUCUUAGCUAUAUUAACAAAGCGAUUAUAUCUCGAGGAAAGUUACUUCCAGGACAACUCCGAAUUAUUUACAUCAACAAUAGAAUAACCAGUUGCAAAUAUACCGCCAAACAACUUUCACAUCUUCGUGGGAUAUAUAGUGCUAGAAUUAUUCGAGAACUGGGAUAUUACAAUAUUAUUGGACCUUUGAUUUUGACUGAUUUUUACGAUUAUCGUACGUUUGCUAAGUUUUCGUAUGGAUGUAUAUCCCAAUCGGUUGAAAUGAAAAUUGUUGCUACUAAUGAACAGAAUAUUGGACUUUUGAGUGUUCGCGGGUAUGUGAUUGGUAAAACUACUAAUAUUAUGAAAGAUAAGCAUCAUAAUAGUAACAGUAGCACCAUGCACGAAAAUGAAGGGUUUAUGCCAGUUAAUGUCAGAUGUAAAUGGGGCAGUGAUGGUUGUCUAUAUGUGAUUUAAAUUAAAAAAUAUAUGUAUAUAGAUCUAUUAAAUAUAUGAAACUUAAACUACUCUUUGUUUCUUCGGACAAGGAACAUCGUCAACUCGGGCACGCUUUAACAAUUUUGGUUCUUCAUCUUUGACAAUAAAGAUUUUCUUGUUUAAUUGAUUGAUGAAGUAUUGAGAAAACUUGAUUUGAAGAAUGUUCAAGUUAUCUUCAUUGAAGUCAGCAAAGAACUUGGUCCAUUUUGUUAAUUUAACUUCAAUGGUUUCUUGUUUGGUUUCCCACAUGAUAUUGGAGUUGUUCAGAUCGAUUAAAUGGCAUUUUAUAAAGUCGUAGCCGAAAAUCAUAAGAACAUUACACCAAUUCUCAUACUUGUCUCCGUUUAAGCUUAAUUCAAAUUGUAACAUCUGCAAGCAUUUGAAUUCAAGUUCCUUGAUAACUUUAGUAGAACUUGAUUCCAAGCCACAAAUCUUGAGCCAGGACUUGAAGGAGUAGUUAUAGUCUUGGUUGAAUUUAGAAGCCAAAAUGACUAAACCAAGAAAGAGUUUCUUAGGAUCGGUAAUAGUAAUCUUCUCUUUCUUGUUGAUAAGCUUAGUCAAGUAAAAACAAGCAAGUUGGAGGGUUUGAAUUGACGUUUUUGACCGCUUGAGAAUCUCAACAAUGAAAAUGGAAAGAUUUGUUUCAUUGAUUUUGGACUCAGAGUACAAAAUCUUAAUCAAGUUGAUGGUACAGUUGACCAAGAUCGAAUUGAAUUGAGAUUUCGUUAAAUGGGAUGUGUAGUAGUAUGAAUUGAUAGGGGAGACGGGAAUAGUUGAAACAGUUGGGGUAGUUGGGUCUUGUUUUGUGGUUGGGGUAGAACUAGGAGUCAACAACGAAGCAGUGCUAUUGUUUCUGGCGAUAGUGGCCACGGGCUCGACUGUCUUUGUCUUUGGUGAAAUUGGUGUAUCCAUUUUUGGGUGCAAAAGUGUAACUCGACUGAGGGGAACAAAAAGUAGUAAGAAAUAGCAAAAAUCAAAAUGUGUAAACUUUUAAAUAAAGCUUAGUAAGAUUGUUUCAUUAUGAAUCUGUAACCUGGAGGGGAAAAUGAUGUAAAAAUAAGUAAUAAUGUGCUAACCUGUAUAUCUCACUGAGUAUAUCAAGUUAUUCUAUGAAGUAAAUUAAACCAAAAAAAAAUAAUACCUAACCUUAAAAAAUGUAAAAUAAAAAAUCGUUAAAAAAAAAUCAAAAGUAACAGUUGUUAUGUGUCGUUAAGUCGUGUGUAAAUAGUAAUCGUAGUAAUGGUAAGUUGUAAUAUCGUUUGUUUUGUUUGUUGAAAGAAAAAGUCGUACAACAGUAAAGAAAACAAAUC